GCCUUUCGAUCGUUUCCACCUCUGCGCUUGUUCUGGGUUUGUUUGAGGAAAUCAGUGCUAAAAGCGGAGAUGUCCGAGUCAGCAGAGCGUCAGGCGCACAGCAUACCAAGCAGGCUGCGAUGUCCGCAGGCUGCUGGCCUGGAGAGCAUUGCACCUCUGGUCCGUUCUGCACAGGAAACUCCUGAUCCCAUCCCCACCACCAUCCAGGGAACGAUUCCCUCCUGGAUCAGUGGGAGCUUCCUGAGGAAUGGUCCUGGGAAAUUUGAAUUUGGAAAAGAUCGAUAUAUCCACUGGUUCGACGGCAUGGCACUGAUGCACAGGUUCCACAUAAGUCAAGGCAAUGUCACCUACAGCAGCCGCUUCCUGCGCACGGACUCAUAUGUCCAAAAUUCAGAGAAGAACCGCAUCGUGGUGUCAGAGUUCGGGACAAUGGCUGCACCUGAUCCAUGCAAAAACAUCUUUGCUCGCUUCUUUUCUCGCUUUCAGGCAGCAAAGGUGACAGAUAACGCCAAUGUGAACUUUGUCAAGUACAAGGGAGACUAUUAUGUCAGCACAGAAACCAACUACAUGAGAAGAAUAGACCCACUAAGUCUGGAGACAAAGGAGAAGGUGGACUGGAGUCAGUACAUUGCCGUCAACUCAGCUACGGCUCAUCCACACUAUGACCGCGAAGGCGCCACAUACAACAUGGGCAACUCCUACAACAGAAGCGGUUUCUUGUAUAACAUCAUCCGUGUGCCACCUCCUGAGGCAACGGGGGCAGCAGAAGAUGCAGCUGAUCUGAGUGGAACUGAAGUCAUCUGCUCCAUCCGUGCAGCUGAACCCAGGAAUCCUUCCUAUUACCACAGCUUUGCCAUGUCAGAGAACUACAUCGUGUUCAUUGAGCAGCCUCUCAAGCUGAACCUGAUGAAGCUUUUGUGGUACAAAAUUCAAGGAAAGAGUUUCAAUAAAAUCCUGUACUGGGAUCCGCGGUACGACACCGUCUUUCAUCUGGUCAACAGGCGAACAGGGAAGGAGAGUGAACUGAAGUACCGAUCGGCGGCCAUGAUCACGCUGCAUCAGAUCAACGCCUUUGAGGAAAACGGCUUCUUGGUUGUGGACAUGUGCUGUGCUGAUGAUGGGGAGAUUCUUGGAGAAUUCACCUUGGAGAACCUCCGCAAAACCUCAGGUGAAGAAAUGGAUAAGUUUUACAACUCGCUGUGCAGAAACCUCCCAAGGAGAUACGUCUUACCUCUGACUGUGGAUGAGCACACACCCCUCGACCAAAACCUUGUCACACUGUGCAACUGUAAAGCCACAGCAAAGCAAAGCAAACCCCGAGAGGUGUACCUAACACACGAGGAACUUCACGAUGACGAGCUGCUGCAGUAUGGUGGCCUUGAGUUCCCGCACAUCAAUUACGCAGAGUACAAUGGUCGCCCAUAUCGCUACUUCUACGCCUGUGGAUUUGGACAUGUGUUUGGUGACUCACUGCUCAAAAUGGAUGUCCACACCAAGAAGCUGAAGGUGUGGCGUUAUCCCGGCUUGUACCCGUCUGAGCCUGUCUUCGUUGCUUCACCUGGAUCUACUGAGGAGGAUGAUGGAGUUGUAUUGUCAGUCAUCAUCACACCCAGAGAAGACAACAGCUCUUUCUUGCUUGCUCUGGAUGCAAAGACCUUCACAGAGCUGGGCAGAGCAGCUGUCCCUGUCAACAUCCCAGCCGGGACCCAUGGAAUGUUUAACCAGAUGGUUUAGAUGUGCCACUGUUUUUACUCUGUUGCUGAAACAAAACCAGGAGUAAUACACUUUCCAUGCAGAACCCAACGUCAGUUGAUAACAUUGUCUGGAUCAAUGGUGCAUGGUCUAAAGUGCAUUUGGGGUGUGUUCAGUGCCACAUUACUAUUCACAAUUGAUUUGAUUUGAAUUUGAUUUGAAAUUUUAUUUU